GGCGCCGUGCUGCGGCCCCUCGGGGUGGGUGGCUGCCGGUGUCGGGUGAACCCGUGUCUGUGAGCGCCGCUGGGGCCGCACAGGGCGCGGGGCCCGUCGCUGAGGCGCUGCGGGAGGGAGCGCUGAGCGCCUUCCCUCGGGGCUGGAGCAAGGGGUUUUGCUGCCACAAUCGUUAGGAAGUCAUAUGAUGUCAGAAGAGUUGAUAUCACUCCCCUGGAGCAGAGGAAGGUGACUUUUGAUACCCAUGCUUUAGUGCAGGAUCUGGAAGCCCAUGGCUUUGGGAAGGAGCAAGCACAGACCAUUGUGUCAGCGUUGAUAACCCUGUCCAAUGUCAGCUUAGACACCGUCUACAAGGACAUGGUCACACAGGCCCAGCAGGAAAUAACUUUACAGCAGAUAAUGGCACAUUUGGACUCCAUUCGAAAAGAUAUGGUCAUCCUGGAGAAAAGUGAAUUUGCAAACUUGAGAGCAGAAAAUGAGAAAAUGAAAAUUGAAUUAGAUCAAGUUAAACAGCAGCUAAUGACUGAAACUGGUAAAAUCCGAGCUGACAGCAAGCUAGACAUAAACCUGGAGAGGAGCAGGGUGACAGAUAUGUUUACAGAUCAGGAGAGGAAACUGAUGGAAGCCACUACAGAGUUUCAUAAAAAAGAUGCAAAUACCAACAGCAUUAUCUCAGAAAUCAGUUAUAAAAUUGACACUGAAAUAGCUUCCUUAAAAACACUCAUGGAAUCGAAUAAACUUGAUACCAUUCGCUAUUUGGCAGCUUCAGUGUUCACUUGCCUGGCAAUAGCACUGGGGUUUUACAGGUUCUGGAAAUAGAUCUACAUGGAAUGACUCCACUAAGUACGGACAGAAAAGGCCACGCAGGCAACACCACCUUGAUGAUAACCUUGGCACCUUUUGGUUUUGAUAUUCUUCCUGUAUAAUAAAAAUGUUUUCUGAAUAUGUAAAACUAAAGAGCAAAAUAAUUGGGAGGAAGUAGCCAAAUAGUAAUAUUUCAUUGUCUCCUAUUCAAUACUAUUUAUUUCAAAGUAUUUCUUACACCAUACCAGAAAGCUUCCUAAUAUCUUUUAGAAUUAAAUUUGUUUUCUUUCUGAAAAAUUCUCACUCUCAGCUCAUUACAAACUGGAAAUAUGAAACAUUUUAUAUACCCUUGAAAUGGGAAUACAAUUCCCAAAUUAGAGCUCCCAGUAUGGGUAUGCUAAUAUCAGAUUCAACCUACCUAAACUGCUCCAAGUAAAUUAAUCUUGAACAUAAGUUCAAGAUUUUGCCUCCAGUCUGUUCCUCACUUUUUUGAUGAAUGGAAGCUUGGCCCUUUGGGGUUUUUAUCUACAUAUGUAAAAAAACACUCCUGAGCCUUUACUAAAGAACCAUUUUUUUUCCUUGAAAAGUGAUUUACAUGAAUUCAAAAUCUCAUGUACAGAAUGUCUCUAUAGAUUUUCUUUAGUAUGUCCUGCAAUUUCUGUAAACCCAGAGGUCAAAAGAAUGGGAAAAUUUCUCUGUCUUUGCCUUUCCAAGUGGAAAUACACAGCCCUGGGGCAGAUAAGUGCUCUUAACUUCCAGGUAGUAGAGUAUUUCUAAGAAACCUGCACAUACUUUCUGGGCAUAGUAUCUGGCUUGUAAUAUGGAAAUACUCAGAAUCUCAGUGUGCCAGGGGGGUGGUGGUGGUGAUCUGCCUCCAGGCUCUUUAGUAGUCCCGUGGGACACACUGACCCUCCUGGCCACUCUGCCUUCUGCAAGGACUUGACAGCUCCUGUUGCAGAAUUGCAGCACAGGUGGAUGCCUCCCAAAACUGAAGCAGUUCCAUCUUGUUGAGUAUAAAUGCACAUGCUUGGUUUGAUUCUUUUAGUAUAAUAAUAAUUUUUUAAGUCUUUCUGGAUUAACUUUGAAGUAAGAAUAGGCCUUUUAUGGGCUAAGGACUAUUGGUAGUAUUGACUACUGGCAAUUUUUUAAUCACUGUUUUAUUCUGUUUACAGUUGAACUUGCUGGUAUUCUGCCGAUAUAUAUAUAUUCUCUGCAUUAAAUUAUUUAUCAUCUUCAUUCAAGAAAAUAAAACUAAUUUCUUAUA